GGUUCAGACUGUGAAACCGUUCUUAUAUUUGAGGACCAUGCCUUGGGCGUUUAUGUGCCUGCACACAUUUUUGAAUUCGUAAUAAAAGAGGACAGCUUAUUGGAGAGUUGUCAAAUAAAUUUCUGAACAAGGCCAUACUUGAAAAGGUUACCUUUCCAAGGAUCUCAUACUUUUGUGAUAUCUGACACCAAAAUUUAUACAAUGCCUGAGCUUAUCAGUGGUGUCAGUACCGUAUUAUUUUCAUCUACACAUAGAUGCCCAAAUAAAUAUUCUUGAAGUGUAAUUGCAUUAUUCCCAGUUAUAUCUCUUCAUCUCUUCAUAUAUCUAGAAACAGCCAUGCAGAACGGUACUUACCCGUGGAUGACUUCAUCUUCCCUUGGUCAGAAAAGUUGGCACCCUGGCUACCAAGCCAGCUUAACUGAUUUAUUUUUGAAAAAGAAUCCUUUACAUUUUGGAACUGGCAUCUCGCAGCUGGCUGCAGCUUCAAGUUAUAUAGAAAAAAUGUCCCCUUCCAACGAACAGAUACCGAAGUGCCCCCAUCCUGAUGCGAAGGACAAACCCUAUCCAUGUGACACCUGCCAGCAGUAUUUAUCAAUUCUUAGGACAGAUGGUGCCUCCAGUAGUUCUAGCAGGCCAUCAGUUAGCACACCGGUCAGCAUUGGAUCUCCCCCAGACCGGAAGUCUAUGGGUCUCCCACCUUUAGCUCCUCCUGUUAAUCAUGCUGAAAGGCCUUCAAAUGGUGGUGCUCCAGUCAUGGUUCCAGGCCAACAACGCCCAAGACCACCUCCAAACAAACAGUUCCUUUGUCCAGUUUGUCAUAAAUUGUUUACUCAAAAAGGUAACCUUAAGACUCAUAUGAUGAUUCAUACAGGUGAAAAACCUUACUCGUGCCAAGUGUGUGGCAAAAGCUUUACUCAGAAAGGUAAUGUUGACACUCACAUGAAAAUACAUACUGGAGAAAAAGAUUUUGCUUGCGAGUCCUGUGGGAAACGAUUCACACAAAAAGGCAACUUAAAAACACAUAUUCGUAGUGUUCAUACGAAAGAAAAACCAUUUGCUUGUAGUGUGUGUGGUAAAAGCUUUUCUCAAAAAGGAAACAUGCAGACACAUAUGAGAACACACAAUAAAGAUGAUAGAUUUCCAUGCACUAUGUGUGGUAAGACAUUUUCUCAAAAAGGCAAUCUCAAAACUCACAUGCAACGUCACACUGGACAGUUGCCUUCUAAGAGAAAUUACAAUUCCCGAGGUGGCAAUAAUCCGGGUGUACGACGUAUGCCCCAAACAAGUGCUCAUUUACCCCCUUUUAAUUUUCAUUCUUCAUCUGUCCUUUCCCAAGGUACAGUUCCAUCACCCAUCAAUUCUCCUAUUACUCCUAAAGCAUUGUUAUCUAAAGCAGCUGCACAUAAUCAGCAUCUGGAUAUUCCCCGGGGAGGCAUCAAUCUUACUUACCCACAAGAAACUCAUAGUGAGUGUAAGUCACCUAUGGCAUCUCCAAUGCCUCUUGUUACAUCUUCUGCUGGUUUAAAUAAUAACCAAUCUCAGUCUUAUCAUAACCCUUCUCCAAGCCCUCAUCCUUCUCAUUUAUCCAGUCCAUCACCUGUAGAUGAUUUGGCCAUGGCUCAUAUGUUACAGAACAAACCUCCACAACAUAAUUCCCACCCACCUACUCCAAAUCAUCAUAAUGAAAGUCUCCCUCGUUCACAUGUGCAUUCCUCGCCCAAUGCCAGUGAACACAGGAUGACAAGCCCACCACCAUCUGCUUCAUCUGGUGGAUCUCAUCCAAGUGUAUCAGAAUCUGAAGGUCGACCAUUUUACUCUGCACCCCCUACUCCUGUGCCAGGCCCUUUUACAUCUGCUUCUCGAUGGUUGUCCCAUGAACGCACCCGUUACUAUGACACCUUUCAGCAUUCUGGUUUGAGCUCUUACAAUACUAUUUCUCAACACACUACUCCUCUAUCUCGAUUAUCCCUUCUAGCUUCUGGUUCAAUGGCUCAUCAUAACCUUAGUCAACAUCAGCAGGAUAGUGAGAAACAGGGUCAUGUUCACGACUCACAGUUUCAUUCCAUAGGCAAUCCUGAUUUCUCUCAACUUCUUGAUUAAUAGUAGAUAAGAAGUAAUGUAGUAUUUGAAUGGAAAAAUAAGUGUGAUAAUGAUAUCUUAGCACCACCAGCCAUGAUUACUGGAACUGAUGAAUAAUUUCUUUAAUUUUUUAACAUGAAAAUAUUGUAUGUUUUAAGAGCUUGUUUUAUUUUCAUCUGUAAAUUUUUUCAUGAAAAUUUAUGUUGCUCUUUAUUUUAAGAAAUGGUUUUUAUGUAUAUAUUCGAUAUUUUAUGAAAAAUACUAUUCAUGGACAAAAAGAAAUGUAACUCAACAUUGUGGUGAUAUUUCACAUUUUAGAAAGUUUUAGUGAAUUAGCAUUCUGCACUAUUAUAUGACUGAAACAUGUUUGUUUUGUACACAUAAAAAAGUACUUUUAAAGCACUUUAUUCUGAAGUGCAAGCUCAAUAAUUCUAUAGAAUUUUCAGUACAUUUUGUUGCAUUUGAAACUUGCUAUUGACCAAAAUAUUUGUUAUGUUUUUCCUCAGUGUGAACCAUCCAGUCUUGCUAUUGUAUGUUUUAGGUGCUUUUCCUUCUGGAUUAUGGGAUCAUAAUACUGCCAGUUUUACAUGAGAAGUUGUUUAUCUUUUGAUUACAUACAUUUGCUGUUAUGUUUUAGAUUUAGUAUCACAAAAUAGAAAUGAUACACAUCUGAAUAAAUAUACGGUGCUCUCUAAAAAAAAACUAUGGCCUAUAACUUUCUCUGAUGUAGUUCAGUAUCUAGUACGUCAAUUGUUUCCUGCCUGGCACAUUACAUAAACAUGAAGUUAUGCUCAAAUUAGUGUAAUGUCAAUACAGUUGUGGCUUGUUUCACAUGCAUUGGAACAUGCAUAAUCAAAUAAUUGUUAUCUAUUCGUAUCUUGUAAUAUAUACCAGUAACUCUGUUUCGUGAUCUACCAAGCUGCCAGCAUGAACCUACAUAUAUAUCAAUAUGAGUUUACGUGCAUUUGCCAUUAUAUAAUUGUAAUAACCUAAUGUUGUUAAAGAAGGUUCCUUCGAUGGAAGGGUGUCUCAGGAAAAUUGAAAAAGUUGCCUUGGGUGUGAACAAAGUGAUUCUUGCUGUAAAUCAAGCAGUGGCAAAGUGCAUCGAUAGUUCAUGCUAGUUACCUACUUAUAUGCAUCUUAGAGAAGAUUUUUAAACCAUUAAAGAAAUAAGAAACAAAAUACAUGUAUAGGCUUUUACACAGUCAGAUAGUGUGCAGUGUUCUUCCACGUGUGUGAAAGUGAUUGUUGCUGGUUUUAGUUCCUGGCAUAAUGGUUUGCCCUUAUUUUGAAAGGGCAAAAUCUGUUUUUAAGCAGAUUUCAUUGUUAGCAAACAUGAACUGUGUGAAGUCAGUUUGAGGUUCCUUUUUAUUUUCUAGUGAAGGUGUGGUUAGUAUUUAUCAGUCAAGAUGUUUUGGUUCUUGACUGAAUUUUUACAGUUGUUGACGGUAGUUGCCAUAGGGUUAUUGGUUGGGGAUUUCAUAUUUUGGUUGCUGAAUAAUGAUAUAUCUCUGAUCCUUGAGACUUCCUUAUCAGUUCAUGAUAUAAUUGACAUCAGCCAUCCCAUUUUGUGAUAUGAUUCUUUUCAUUGUGUUUAUCAAGAUUAAAAGUAAUCUAAUCUGUCCUAAGUUUUACCCUUCAAUUCUUAGUCACACCCAUUAUUAAAAAUACCACUCUAAUAUUAAUAUUUGCAUUUGUUUGUUUUUAACUCCUGUGUCAUAGAUUGGUUACUUUCAUGCUGGAAUUUUUUAAGAUAGUGUUUCUUUUAUUUUCUCAUAAAAUGAAAUUUAUAUCAGGUGUACUUCUUCUUAUGCAUUUUUUAUUUAAUAGGUAUAUAAUUUAAAGAAUGGAAAACUGUAAGAGAACUGUACAUUUUAUAAUCAACAAUGUUUGUGAUUCAAACAGUAAUUGAAAGUUAUUGCUAUAUUUAAUAAGAAAGCAUCAGUUAUCAUUAAAAUUUAUGUUUUACUGCAGUUAAACUUUCUUUUAAAAGAUCUAGAGCAAAUUUAGGUUUUUAAAUUAUUAUUGUAAUUAUAAUUAUCAACCACAAAAAUAGAAAUGGUAAGGAAAUUUUACAAUUAAAUAAAAUCUUUGGGAAUAAGAAUUUCAAGCUUCAAAAAGUCUUUGUUAGCAUUACUUUCGCUUAACAUAAACAUAUGUAUAUAAUUAAGUCCAGAAAUUAUUGAUUUUUCCCCUAAUAGAAAUAAAUGUAAAUUUUUUGUUUAAUUUGCUUGAAUAAUGGUUUUAUAUCUUUCUCUUCUGAUUUAAAUUAUGAUACUAAGUACAUUUUUUCUUGUGAGUUCUUUUUAAAUAUAUGUAUUUAUUUAUUGCUAUUCAAAAUGAGGUAAUUUUUGCAUAUUUUCAUUGAGAUUUUUUUACAUGUAGAGAAAAUACCCGAUUUAUUGUAAUCAGAAUCAACUUCCCUCCAUCAAAUAUUCUGCUAAAGUGAAAAAUUUAGGUAAUGGUUUAUUUAUAUGAAUUAAACAUUUUAUUAACCUAAUCAGCAUGAAAUUAACCAAUACAUCGACCUUGUAAAGUAAUCAAAUAUGUCUUUGGAUGCAAUAGUCUAUUUCAGUAAUCUUAGCAUUUAGAUCAUGAGAGAGAUACGUUCAGUGAAUGUUUUUAGACUUUCUAUGUUAUAUAUUACCCAUGUUAUUAAUAUCUAGAUUGCAUUUACAUGUAGCAGAACAGAAACUAAAAGAAUUUGAAUAUAUGUAAUGUAAUCUUUAUGAUCUGAACUUUUAAACUGAGUGAGUGGUGGGUUUUAAAAUUUCUAAUUUAAAUAAGCCUUGUUAAUAAUGCUGUGAUAAAUUAUGACUAAUAACAUUGGAAUGAAUUUAAACUAGCAUCACAUUUAAAGAAUAACCACUGAAUAAUAAAUAUUUUUCACAAGCAUUUUUAUAUUUUUUAUUUUUACAAAAUAUGAGAUGGUGCUAUGUCUGUUACUAAGUUCAUUAUUAAAUUGUUUCCCAUAGACUUUUUAACACAAUAAAACUUGUUCCAAUGUUAUUUGUUCUCAUUUUUCCAUGUGAAGUAGCUUUUUUGUUAUUAAGAAUGUACUUGCAAGGCAAAUUUUAAAUUUGACAUUUUUAAAAUCCUUGUAACUCACAACAAAAAAUAAUUACUCUCAAAGUUAAAGAUUUUAAUACACUGAUAAAUAAAAGCAGUUUACCUUUAAACUUACUGUAAUGAAAGGUGAUAAUAUUUCAUCUUAUACUAUUAUAAAUUCCUGCCUUUUUUUUUUUUUUUUUUUUUUUUUUAUGUGUGUGUGUAUAAUAUUUGCAGUUUAAAGUAACUUAUCAAACUGCUGCCUGUAAAUGUUUAUUCAUUUGAGUAUUGAAGGGUACUAACUGAUAAACAUGAUACUGGUAGAAAUUUUCACACAAGGCGUAGGUAAAAAUUGUAAACAGCCCUGGAUUGCUUUCUAUUCAAUAGUUUUAAAUGUAAAGUGACAACGUGUGUAAUAAACUUUCUCAUGUUAAAUAUAUUCUUUGUUAAAUGGAGAGUAAUCAUGUAACCUAAAAUAACUUCUAUAGAUGUAUCAUAUGGUUAUUCAUACAUACAUUUAUAUAUAUAUAUAUGUAUGUAUUAUACAUACACAUUUGAAAGUAAAUUAUUUAAUAGCUGUCUCUAAUGCUUUAUGAAACUGAAAAAUUCAAAAUUCUUGCUUUUAUAUGCUUAGUGUGCUUCCCCUCUACCUAGAGCUUUUUUUUUUAUUAAAGUUUUAUUCCAGUGCCAGUUAAUAGGUACUUGAAAGUAUAGUUUUUUACUUUAUCAUAAAUUAUUGAUUGUAAAAUAUAUUUGUUGUCUUUGUGAGCUGCAAAUAUGAUAUGUGAUUGUGAAGCACAUGCUUUACAACUGUUUGUAUUUAUGUCAGUAGUUGUAAAUGUACAGUGUUUAUUGGUUUGUCUGAAUAACAUAGAAAUUGAUGAUAAAGUUUGUUCCAGGUGAUAAUGUGAUGUUCUUCAUGUUUUUCAUGCUGUGAUAAUAGUAAUGCAAUAAUGUAGAAAAGUCUAGUUUAGUGUAGAUAGUGAAGAACUGAUGGUUUGAACAUAAAUGAAUGUUUCUCUUGCUGUUGUCUUUUAAGAAUUUAAGGAUAAACAGCAUAAACUUUAUCAUCAAUUAUGUUAUUUUACAUUGAUGAAAUGCAGUGAAAAGUCAUUUCACAAUCUAAGUAUCAUUAAAAUUUGCUGUAUUAAACUGAAUCAAUUUUAUUGUUGUUUUAUAUUAGCUUGUGUAAAAAUAUAUGUUGUUAAAUAAUGAUAAGGAAAAUCCGUGUUAAAAUUCAAAAUUUAUCUUCUUAAAGAAGUAUAUUAUCAGUUAUAUUAGAUAACAAAUUUGAAUGUUAUAUGAAAUUAUGUAUUUGCUGAUACUUUAUGAAUUUUUUUAUUUAUUUUGUUAUAAUUUUCUUUUAAGGUUAAAAAAGCAAUGGCAGAUAUAUUUAUUUAUAUUGAAAUUAUAUUUUGAGUGUAUCAAUAAUUAAAAUUAAAAAAAAAAUUAUUCAUGAAAUAUAUUUCAAAAAUGUGUGAUGUCUACUGAGCAUGGAAUUCUGUAAUUAACAUAGCAUGAAUAAUUAAAAGUGAUCAUUUUAUAAUUACCAUUAUCUUUAUUCAGAUUUAAAAUUAUUAUUUUUAAAAGGGAAGGUAAUCUUGAUUUUUAUUUUUGUGAAAUGAACAUAGAAAAAAGGCAAAUAUGUGUUCAUAAUUUAUCAGCCAGAUUGCUGUAAAACAUACGUUAUGUAAUUAAAGAUAGUUUUUAGUUAAUUAGUUUUUCUUAGAAAAUUUGUUUUUUAGUUACUUACAGACAUUUCAAUUCCUGCAACUAACAGGCUGUAAAAAGUAUUUUUUUAACUGUUAUAUCUGUUUUGGGCUACAUAAAGAGUAUAUGUGAUUCUCGUUCUCAAACUGUAUUAAGACAGCUUUUUUUUAAUUGAUUCUUCAUUUUCACAGUUGCUCAGUUUUUUUUUUUUUUUUUUUUUUCCCCUAUAUUAUAGCUUAAGUGCAAUUUAGGAAUAAUUAUUGUGAGAUUCAUAUAUUAUAAAUCUAAGUAUGUUAUAAUUCUUAUAAAUAAGGUAUAGUAGAAGAGCCACAUAAUUAUGUAAAUUAUAUGAUGGCUAAUGUUAAUUAUACAUAAUCUUAUGAUGAGUUUAAAAGGUAAGGCUUUUUAGGCAUAUUUUUUAAUCAAAAUUCAGUGCUCUGUUUAAACUUUAAUGCUAAAAUUUCAUUUUGUUUUAUUUUAUUUAAAACUAAACUGAUUUGCUUCCUGCUCAUCAAAAUACAGAUUUUUUUUUUUUACUUCAGAACCUCAGUAGUGUAUAUGUUUUAUAGAAACUAGCCACUUUUAUCAUUCUGUAAAAAGCAUGUACAAUCAGUGGUCACUUUUUAUCAUCUGUUAAAUUGGUUAAAAAAUAAAGAGUUGCUGUGCCUUUUAAAAAGGAUAUGGCAGCUGUGUUGUUU